UGGGGGGAGCAUUCAGCAACGGAAGUGCAAGGGGAGGUGGAGAUUACCCAGCAGGCAUUGCGGCCGGUCUGUUGCUGAGCACGUUGUGUCUGUUACCGGCUCGUUGUGUCUCCUCAGCGUUCGAUCAUGGAAGGCCCGCUCGCAGUGCUCGGGGAGCGCAGUACCGGGGAGGCAGUGAGGAGCCAGAAUGUUAUGGCUGCCGCAUCUAUUGCAAAUAUUGUGAAAAGUUCGCUUGGUCCCGUUGGUCUGGAUAAAAUGCUAGUAGAUGAUAUUGGUGAUGUGACCAUAACAAAUGAUGGUGCUACCAUAUUGAAACUAUUGGAUGUAGAACAUCCUGCAGCCAAAGUACUCUGUGAGCUGGCAGAUCUCCAGGACAAUGAAGUUGGAGACGGUACAACCUCAGUAGUUAUCAUUGCCGCAGAGCUUCUAAAGAAUGCCGAUGAGCUUGUUAAGCAAAAAAUCCAUCCCACGUCUAUAAUUGGGGGCUACCGUCUGGCUUGCAAGGAAGCCGUAAGAUAUAUCAAUGAAAAUCUCACUAUCAAUACUGAUGAGCUUGGACGAGAAUGUCUCCUUAAUGCUGCUAAAACCUCAAUGUCUUCUAAGAUUAUUGGAGUUGAUAGUGACUUCUUUGCCAGCAUGGUGGUUGAUGCAACACUUGCUGUGAAGUUUACAGAUCCAAGGGGUCAAGCACGGUACCCUAUUAACUCUGUAAAUGUUCUAAAAGCCCAUGGACGAAGUCAGAAGGAAAGUGUGCUUGUGAAUGGAUAUGCACUCAACUGUAUAGUGGGAUCACAGGGAAUGAACAAAAGAAUUGUAAAUGCAAAAAUUGCUUGCCUUGACUUCAGCCUGCAAAAAACUAAAAUGAAGCUUGGUGUCCACGUGAUUAUUUCAGAUCCAAGCAAAUUGGACCAGAUCAGACAAAGGGAGUCUGAUAUUACAAAAGAGAGAAUUCAGAAGAUCCUGGCCACAGGGGCUAAUGUUAUACUUACAACUGGUGGAAUUGAUGACAUGUGCCUCAAGUACUUUGUGGAUGUGGGUGCAAUGGCUGUACGCAGAGUUCUUAAAAAGGACUUGAAACGCAUUGCUAAAGCUACUGGAGCAACAAUUUGUUCAACACUUGCAAACUUGGAGGGCGAGGAAAGUUAUGAAGCAUCAAUGUUGGGUCAAGCAGAAGAAGUUGUGCAAGAGAGAAUAUGUGAUGACGAGCUGAUCCUAGUUAAAAAUACUAAAGCACGAACAUGCGCAUCCAUCAUUCUUCGUGGAGCUAAUGACUAUAUGUGUGAUGAAAUGGAGCGCUCUGUCCAUGAUGCUCUGUGUGUGGUGAAGAGAGUAUUAGAGUCAAAGUCUGUUGUACCUGGAGGUGGUGCAGUUGAAGCUGCUCUUUCCAUUUACCUUGAGAAUUACGCCACUAGCAUGGGAUCCAGGGAACAGUUGGCAAUUGCAGAAUUUGCAAGAGCCCUUCUUGUUAUUCCAAAAACGCUAGCUGUAAAUGCUGCUCAAGAUUCCACUGACCUAGUUGCAAAGCUUCGUGCUUUCCACAAUGAAGCACAAGUUAACCCAGAGCGCAAGAACCUGAAGUGGAUUGGUCUAGACUUACUUAAUGGAAAAGCACGGGAUAACAAGCAAGCUGGUGUCUUUGAGCCCACAAUGGUGAAGACAAAGAGUUUGAAAUUUGCAACAGAAGCUGCAAUUACUAUCUUGCGAAUUGAUGAUCUAAUUAAAUUGCAUCCAGAGCCAAAAGAGGAUAAAGGAAAAUACCACGAAGCAGUUCAGUCUGGGUCUAUUGAAGGUUAAGUUGGCCAAGUGGAGAUUUUUUUUUUUUUCUUCAAUAUUACUCUAAUUUAUAAGUAAUACAUUUUCAUUGUUCAUCUUGCACUUGUAUGGUCUUGCCCCUAAAUAUACUCACUUUAAUAAAAGUAACUUGGCAACCUA